AUGGCCAACCAGCUGACUGAGGAGCAAAUCGCUGAGUUCAAGGAGGCCUUCUCUCUGUUUGACAAGGAUGGGGACGGCUGCAUCACCACCCAGGAACUGGGCACUGUCAUGCGGUCCCUGGGUCAGAACCCCACGGAGGCUGAGCUCCAGGGCAUGGUGAAUGAAAUCGACAAGGAUGGAAACGGCACUGUAGACUUCCCGGAGUUCCUGAGCAUGAUGUCAAGGAAGAUGAAAGACACUGACAGCGAGGAGGAGAUCCGGGAAGCCUUCCGAGUGUUCGACAAGGAUGGCAAUGGCUAUGUCAGUGCUGCUGAGCUGAGGCAUGUGAUGACCAGGCUGGGGGAGAAGCUGAGUGACGAGGAGGUAGAGGAAAUGAUACGGGCAGCAGAUACAGAUGGUGAUGGGCAAGUGAACUAUGAGGAGUUUGUCCACAUGCUCGUGUCCAAGUGA